UACAAUAAUAAAGUCUCUUAUUAAUUGUAACACAGACAAUGUGAAGUAUCCCAUAUUCCAUAAAUAAAAUAUAACAUAAAAAGUUGAGUUGACCUUAACCCUAACCCUAAUAGUUUACAUUCAGCCAAACUACUAACUAGCUGUCUGUCAGGUACUGAUCUCAAAGGGUUAAGCCACAAACCAAGUUACAAUGCAGAAAAAUAUCACAGCGACAUGCAUGCUAAGAUUUGUGCAUAAACCUAUAAUGAACCUCCUGUAAACUCACAACAGAGCAAUAAAAGACAGCCCUCGGUUGCCUGGAGAUCAGCCAAACAAAGAGUGCUUCGCAGCAAAGCCCAAACAGCUCCGUCCGCUCCGAGGAAGCUUACCCUGCUGGUUUUUACUUACAGGCUUUCCGAGAGAAGCUUGUGCAUUAUUCACACAGAACGGAUCCUUGACAAAGACGAGCCGUAAUGAUACGAACACGCUACUAGUUCAGCUCUACAGCUCUCCGAGAAACACAGAUCCAAUCACAGCAGACACAAUGGUGAAGGGGAAGAAGAAAUCAAGCGAACCUUCCGGUAGAAAAAUCACACUCAAGAUGGCUAAGAACGCUCUGAAGGUGACCGUAGAUGGCAAGCGUCGUCUCGACCUCAGCAACAUGGCGAUCGCCACAUUUCCCAAGUGCAUCCUGAAGCUCUGCGACAUCGAGGAGCUGGACCUCAGCCGCAACCUUCUCAAGAAGAUCCCAGACGCCAUCGACAAGUUCGUGAACCUCCGUCUGCUGGACCUGCACAGCAACCAUCUGGAGCAGGUCCCUGCGGCUAUCGGCCGUCUUCAUAACCUCUACAACCUCAACCUCUGCAACAACCACCUGAGCUCCUUGGGCCUGCCGCACGAGCUCGGGCUCCUGAGGAACCUGCGGGUCCUUAACCUGGGAAUGAACAGCCUCGAGAGCUUGCCUCCGUCCAUGUCCGCCCUCAAGGAGCUGCAGGAGCUGGGCCUCUUCAACAACCUCCUGACUCAGUUGCCUAAGUGCAUCCAAAGCCUCCCAAAGCUGCAGAAGCUGAACACCAGAUCCAACCCCAUCCCUGCAGCAGAGUCUCCAGACGUAGACCGUAUCCAGAGAGCCGAGUGUCUGUAUCUGGUGCGGGAGGACUGUCUGUGCACCGACUGUCUGAAGAGAUGCAAGGAGGAGCGAGAGAAGUUAGACAGACGAAUGAGUGCAGCUUCUACGCUAAAGAAGUCCAUGUUUGCUGGGUUCAUUACGCCAAACUCUGUAGCACAGGAGAACCAGGCUUUAUGGAGGUGAACUAAAGUGCUGGAAUAAUCUGUCCAAAUCCAUCUUGUUGGUAUCUACACUCUUAAAGUGGUCGCCAGAUGACCAUUUUUCCAACCUGGUCUCAUAAAAGUUUUUGCAACACCAUUUUAACAUACCUUACUGCAGAAGGAACACAAUUAGUUGGUUCCGAUCCUUUUUUCAGAAGCAUCUUUUAGGAAAACCUAAAAGAAAUUAUCGCAGAAACGUGAAAACACUGAUCGGGGGGAUAUUCUCUAAAAUUCAGCCACUGCGUCUCAGAUUUAGGAACAUCAAAGUGUCUGCUGUGUUCGUUAUUGCACUCAAGAGUCUUGCUAAAAAGUGCAUCAAGGCACGUUUAUGCCAUGAGACCAGGUAGCAUUUUUCACAAGUUCAUAUGGUUCUUACAUUUAUUAAUUUAGCAGAUGCUUUUAUCCGAGCGAGGACAAUAGAAGCAAUUAAAAUCAACAAAAGAGCAACGAUAUGCAUGUGCUAAUGCUUUAGCAAAACUCAGAAUAGAAUAGAAAAACAAAUAGGAAACAAGCAGUUAGUAAAUCAAUAGAGUGUCGGUCUAAAAUGGGCGAGUUUUUCUAAAUAAUAGAAAAUUAGAAAUAGUGAGUGCUAUAAUGAAAAGCAUAUAACAUACUUUGGUUAAAGUUUCUCAAUGGUAGUAUAAAACAGCACCCUUUUCGCCUUCUCAAAAUCAGCUCUGUUCACAGCAAGCUGUUUUAGUGCAUGUCGCUUUAAAUGUUAAUGAGCUCUGCUGACCCCGCCCCUCUCUUCUGUGGAGUGAGCUACAGUUCUUUGCGAAACAUUAAACUUUAAGCCCAGCUCACACUGAGCGAUUUUGGCCACGGUUCGUUCAUCUGAGACAAAUUGAGCAAUUCCUAAAAGAUUCCUAUAAUCCCACAGUGUGACACGUCCAUACAGCCUGACAUUUAGAACUAUUAAAAAUCUGAGCCGUAUUCGUCAUGGAACUUGCUAUCUAGCACAUUAUUAGGAAAAGGAGGUUUUCAAAGAUUCAUAAAAGAACCUUGAACUUAAGGAGUUUAAGCUUAAACUACUUCUGGAGUUGAAGCUGGAUUGGCGCAAACAUAAACAUAUUUAGGUAGAUGAGGGAUCAGUGCAUUUCCUUUUUUAAGCUACAACCACCAAACUUGGGUCAGACCUUCUGACUGGUUUGACUGGGAUUGCUCUCUUUUUUCUGGCUGAUCAGACUUACCCUGUCUGUUAAACGGAAGAUCAAAUCCACAAAAAUUACCCUAGGCUUUCACGGGGGGUGUCAAAACUUUUGUACAAUAAGAUUUUUAAUAGUUUGAGCUGCCUGUCACUAGCAAAGCUCAAUGACUGUCCUAUGAGAACAUGCUAGAAACAUUCUAAUAACAUGCUGGUUAUGCAGGUAACAUGUUAGCAAGCAUGCUGAUAAUGCUAGAAACAUGCUAGCAACAAGCUUUUCUAAUCACGCUAGAAGCACAAAAACAGCAUCGUAACAUGUUCAAGUAAUCAUACUAGCCAUGUGUUAAAGAUUCUAACCACAUGCUAGCAGCAUCUAUCUAAUCCAUCCAUCUCCUUUCACACUUAAAGCUUUUACAUCUUUACAACACUUUUGAUCAUCGUCAAAUAAAUUUUGUCUAAGAGUUCAUAUAGAUCUGCAUUAAACGCUAUGCACUACUUUUUUGUUUCAUGAAAUCACAAUAAAUGAGAAUUAAAAAUGUGUUCAUAAGUGAUUCCUCCAAUAAAUCUUUGAGACAUGAGAAGAAAGAAAGAGCGGGUGUCUGCAUUUUGUUUGGUAUAUCAUUAACUUUCACAACUCAAAUAUCCACUCUAUGGAGUCAGAUAAUUAAUUAACUAAGACUCGAAUGACAGAGUUUCUGCAAAAUCAGUCAGGUUGAGCAAUACCUCCCAUCUCGCUGGCUUUCCUAGAAUAUCAUUUGUUUGCGCACUACUAUUGUUGUUCUAUUAUUGGUUUGUAUCUUAUUUGAUACACCACGCUUUUACGGCUCAUAUAGUGAGAAAAUGGAGCUCACACUUGUCAGUUUCACUCAAAAGGUCCAAACGCACAAUUCGGUGCAGAUGUUAUGUUUAUAUGAUCUUUCGAUUAUGAAAAUCGUUAAAGAAAAAAAAAACGUUUACCAUGACCUGCAGGUGAAGGUUCUACAAAUAAAUGGCCAUUUGCUAAAAAGGUCUGAACUAUCGAUCAGAUGAAAGGCAUGUCGGUAGCGUUCAGGUUCAUCAUGCAUUAGCUUCUGUGUGCAACUAGAGAGCAGCAAAGCUCUAAAGAGCCUCAGUUCUCGCUGCUGCCCCCUUCAGGACACACAGUCACAUGACAGCACGUCUGGAGCGUGUGAGCGGCACACCUGUCAGUUUAAUCGCUGUGUGCAUUUGCUGAAGUUUUAGGCUUCAUGAAUAAAUAUAGAUGUAAAUUAUUUAAAGCUACAAUUCAUAAAUGCCAAAGAUGUCGAUAUGAGCUUAAUGACUGUAAAUGGAGAAAGAUCCGGGCAGAAUUGAACGUAUAAUAGCUUGUAAGGUUACCGGUACGACAUCUACUUUUUGAAGUGCUGGUGAAUGCAAUUAUGCUCAUAUAGAUUUUCUUUCUCCUCAUUUCUCUUAAGGACCUGUCCCUUAAUUAACAUUCAGCUCAAUUGUAUUGAUUCUCCCUCAUUGGCACUGUUGUGAAGACCUGCUCAUGACAAGUGACACGUUAAAUGUCUGAAAAGAGUUCUCUCAGUUUAUUUAGUUAACAUGGCAAAUAAAGAAGAGAGUAAUAUAAGUGAAAUGUGCAGAUUGGUGACGUGUUUUGUUGUUUUGUACAGUGUGCAUCGUGUGAUUGAAAUGAAUGAAGUCCUGGCGAACCAAACCGAUGAACACUAAUAAGUGGAGCAUGUGAAGUUUUGAGUAUUGUUUUUUUGGCGUUCCACAUCUUGAACUGAAUGAUUUAAGUGAGGUCUGUAAUCCGACGGCACCCACCAGAAGACAAAGUAAACAAAACUCAACACUGCUGUUGGGCAGAAGUGGAUCAAAGUCAAGCCAAAAUAGUAUGGGAGAACAAACAUUUUAGUCUCCGACUCUGGUGGUCCACGUUCUUGAGCUGAAAACAACAAAAAAACAGCAAGGGACUACUUGAAAAUCACUGCAGUAAUAUGCAAAAUUAUUUAAAAAAUUAUAAAUAUGAUUAUAAUGCAUGUGAAAUUAUGUAUGUUUUUUUUCCACAAACGUUAGACUACAUCACAUAAGUUAAUUUUCAUCAAAUUAAAAAAUAAUGUGGUGUUGCAUGUGGUGAUCUGUGUGUAAACUCUGGAAAAUAACACCAAUAAUCCAAUAAAAAUACACUGCAUUGAAUUACUUAAAACCA